GGGCUCAUCGCUGACGCUUUGCGAGGGUUGCGCUGUCAUUCUUGGUUAACUCACGUUUAGUUUCUGUCUGACAGAUCCCGGCCAUGUUCGCGGUUUUGGUGGUGCUGUGUCAACUCCACGGGACGGUGUUCGCCUUUCCGCACUGCCCUGGGAGAUUGAGUAACUUGAAGCUACCUGAAUGGAGAGAUGUGUUCACAUCUGCAAGGGAGGCCAAUUUAUUCAUUGGACGACAUCUUCUGAACAACAGAUUUGAUUUUGAAGCAUUCACAGACGAUAACCUGGAGAGAGAAUGCUUUGAAGAAGUGUGCAAUUAUGAAGAAGCAAGAGAAGUUUUUGAAGACCCUAAUAAAACGAUGGAUUUUUGGAAAGACUAUUCAACUAAAGGUCCUAAAAUAAAAACAGGUGAUGAGGCACUACAAAAGAUUAACGUCACAGCGCUGCUCAUCAGCCUGGUUGCUGCUGGAGUACUCUUGGUUAUAAUUGCCCUCAUUAUCUUCUACUGCUGCAAGAGCAGAUGCAAAUCAAGGCAACCAUCAGGGUACUUGGAUUAUGUGAGAGGCAGAAGACGAAGCUCAGCCAACAUGUUCAGGAGGCACGAGGAGUUUUCUUUGAGCCCCCUCGCUGUGGGAGCUGAGGACUCAGGACUGCCCAGUUACGAGGAGGCAGUCAGUGCAGCCGGGCAGCACAGCGUGCCCCCACCGCCCUACCCAGGGCCCCCCAGGGAUGCCCCCAGGCUCUUCACCAAGUCCAUGUCCCUCCCUGGCCCCUAGGCACAAACCUCCUGCCAGGCUGAGGAGGGAUUAAUUACUGCUACAUAACAUACUUUUGGAAAAGUGUGUGCUACCUUGCAUAUUGCAAGAUGAUUUACAGGAAUGUGAAAGAUCUCUUGGAUAACUAGGAACGAGUGAAGUUCCCAUUUGGGAAAAGAGGUCACCUGUGGCAAAGGCUGCAGGACUUUUCUUUGCACAAAGUCACUGUGCUAAGGGGUGAGAAUGCAUAAAGAGCAAGUCUUGUACUCUUCCAUGUGAGCCAUCCCAUCAAACUACUGAUGUCUCAUUAAUUGGUGCAUUUUCUUUUUCUUCAGAAAGAACAGUAUUUUAAUUGCUCAUAUUGAUACUAACCAAUUUUUGUGACUUCACACUUUAAACCACCAUAAGAAGUCUACUUUGUUUGACGUAUUCCCUUUGCUGGGAUAAUUUUCUAUUCAUUCUUGUAAUAGAUUUGAGUGCAAAAAUGAUUUCAUGACUUGAUCUUUCAAAUAUACAUAUAUACAGUACUGCUACUGGAUUACACUGGUUUGCUUUAGACAUUGCUGGUCACACAACUCAAUUUGUUAUAUUUUUAUGGUCAUAAUUUUGCAUGAAAAGUAUUCUUUACAUGGCACACUACCAAUUUAGACAAAGCACACUUGCAUCAAAUUGUUUUGAUGUUCAACAGUAAAUACCAGGUCAAAGAGAGUAAACAGAAUACUGUGGGCCAGUGGAUGUUGAGCAAAAAGCUAGAGAUUUGUCCCUUGUUAAAAAGCUACCCAGGUUUCACAGCUAAUGUUUCUUGCAUAGUUUAAAAGCUGAAAAGUAGAGAGAGACACUCAACUUUCAAACCAAAGCCUGAAGUACCCCCAAGAAGCACUUUAAUAAGCGUGUCCUGCACUACAGGAAUGACAGAAUGAUACCUUUUAAGUAGAAUGAAACAUCAUAUUAAAUCAAAAAUCAGGAGUCAAGAACUUCUGGGAGUUUUUUGGUUCACUACGUCAAGACAGUUUCUGUAUCUACAGCUGUAGCCACCAUUAAUUUUACACCUUAUUAAAAUAUCAACCCCAGCAUUAUGCAGCCUAUAGAUCUUGCUGAGCUAACUGCUGCCCCCCACUCGUGUCCCUUGACCUCCUCCUCCUCCUGCUAUGACAGGAAGCCAUAGCCGAGGGUGUCACAGGAAACAUGUCAGGCUGCUCUCUUGUUUGACAGUGGCUGUGCAGUUAAGCCACAC